CCCUUUUUUUUUUUUUUUUUUUGACUCAUGAUUUCACCAUUCGAAUAAUAGCCCGGGUACAGCUGCGGCUCAUCGUAUCAUACGAGUACUGUACUGUACUCGUCACGUCGAUGCCUUCCUAAGGGGAACUGCUAUCCGAAUCCAAAACGAAAGGGCCAAUAGCAGUCCUUUUCAACGGUGCCUCGGCACCACGAGUACUCGAGCAUGAUAUCUCUGCCUCACACAAAGGCUAUGACCAAGACUUCGGGUUCUCUUACGUUCUACAUUUGGCGAUAUGGGCAAAAAUGAAAACAAGGAAGGAGUGCUGCCAGUGUGACUCUACUCUACUCGUACUCACAUUCGAGGAUUCGAGUACUGCAACGUCUGAUGUCACUUUCUUCCUUCCUUUUCUUUCUUUUUUUUUCUGCAUGUUGACAUGGGGCACCGUUGGACGGGUUGAUGUUGUUCCGUGGUUGGUGGGUGAAAGCUUGUUUCCUCCUUACAGGUACAAGAGCCAACUUUGCAACACGGCCCUUGUACAGUACCCUCGGUCGCGUAAUUAUGACCCCCGUCGAUACCGGUGCGUAUCCAUCCAGUUUAACUCCCGAACUCCACAGAGCAUGCGGAAGUAGAAGGGGAGGGAGGGGUUCGCUCGUUGCCGAAGGUCAUGGCCCCACAGGCUGUCCUACACUACCGGUGUAUCAUAGUAUCAUAGCGCGUAUGAUACUUGUACUAUCCAGAAUAUUGGUAUCAAAUCAAUAG